CGCCCUGCGCCUCGGGGGGCGGGACGCGCGGCCAUGAGCGCCCGCCGCGCCGCGCCGCCCGACCGCGAGCGGCGAGUCCGGAGCACGCUGAAGAAAGUCUUUGGGUUCGAGGCGUUUAAGACGCCUCUGCAGGAGCAGGCGACCAUGGCGGUGGUGAAAGGUGACAAGGACGUCUUUGUGUGCAUGCCUACAGGCGCAGGCAAGUCCCUGUGCUAUCAGCUUCCUGCCCUGCUGGCCAAAGGCAUCACCCUUGUGGUCUCGCCUCUCAUUGCUUUGAUUCAGGACCAAGUGGACCACCUGCUGGCCCUGAAGGUGUGCGUGAGCUCUCUGAACUCCAAGCUCUCAGCCCAGGAGAAGAAGGAGCUGCUCUCCGACCUGGAGCGCGAUCAGCCCCGCACCAAACUUCUGUACAUCACGCCAGAGAUGGCGGCUUCGGCCUCCUUCCAGCCCACCCUCAACUCCCUACUGUCCCGCCACCUGCUCUCCUACCUGGUGGUGGACGAAGCUCACUGUGUUUCCCAGUGGGGCCAUGACUUCCGGCCCGACUACCUGCGUCUGGGUGCCCUGCGCACCCGCCUCGCCCAGACUCCAUGUGUGGCUCUGACGGCCACGGCCACGCCACAGGUCCAGGAGGAUGUGUUUGCCACCCUGCGCCUGAAGCAACCCGCCGCCACCUUCAAGACCCCCUGCUUCCGAGCCAACCUCUUCUAUGAUGUGCAGUUCAAGGAGCUGCUUUCUGACCCCUACGCAAACCUCAGGGACUUCUGCCUGAAGGCUCUUGGGAAGAAGGCUGAUAACGGGGUGUUGGCCGGCUGUGGCAUUGUCUACUGCCGAACCCGAGAGGCCUGCGAACAGCUGGCCAUAGAGCUCAGUUACAGGGGUGUGAAUGCCAAGGCAUACCAUGCAGGGUUGAAGGCUUCAGAAAGGACGCUGGUGCAGAAUGAGUGGAUGGAGGAGAAGGUCCCUGUGAUUGUCGCCACCAUUAGCUUCGGGAUGGGAGUGGAUAAAGCCAAUGUCAGGUUUGUGGCCCACUGGAACAUCGCCAAAUCCAUGGCUGGUUACUACCAGGAGUCGGGCCGGGCAGGCAGGGACGGGCAGCCCUCGUGGUGCCGUCUCUAUUACUCCAGGAGUGACAGGGACCAAGUCAGCUUCCUCAUCAGGAAGGAAGUAGCGAAACUCCAGGAAAAGAGGGGGAACAAACCAUCUGACAAAGCUUCUGUGCUGGCCUUCGAGGCCCUGGUGGCCUUCUGUGAAGAAUCGGGGUGCCGCCACGCUGCCAUCGCCAAGUACUUUGGGGAUGCUGUGCCAGCCUGCCCCAAGGGCUGCGACUACUGCCGGAGCCCCGCGGCCGUGCGCAGGCAGUUGGACGCCCUGGAGCGCAGUGGUGGCCGCACCCCUAGCACCAGCGUGGGGCCCACCCGGACCGGCAACUUCGACCCAGAGCUCUACGAGGGUGGCCGCAGGGGCUACGGAGGCUUCAGCAGGUACGAUGAAGGCUCUGGAGGCAGCGGGGACGAGGCCCGAGACGAGGCCCAGAAGCGGGAGUGGAACCUCUUCUACCAGAGGCAGAUGAGCCUGCGCAAGGGCAAGGACCCCAAGACGGAAGAGUUCGUUCCCCCAGAUGAGGACUGCCCGCUGAAAGAGGCCUCCAGCAGGAAGAUCCCCAAGCUGACCGUGAAGGCCCGGGAGCACUGCCUACGCCUCCUGGAGGAGGCUCUGAGCGACAACUGCCAGGCCACAGGCUCUUCUAUAGGACCCACUCUCCAGGCUGAGGCAGUGGAACUGGAGCACCAGGCAUUCCGGAGUGCCAGGCUGGCCACCGUGUACAAGGCCAGCAUGCUGAAGAAGGUGGCCGAGAUCCACAGAGCCUCCCAGAACCGGCAGCCCUACUGUGUGCCAGACACCACCGGCAGCCGAGGGGCCCAGCCCGCACCCCCAGAGCCUGAUGAAUACGACAUCCCGCCCGCCUCUCACUCGCUCAAACCCAAGCGGGUGGGAGCCGGGUUCCCCAGAGGCGCCCACGCUUUCCAGACAGCGUCUGAGCUGCUGGAGAAGACACAGGCCGAGAGCCCCAGGCCCGAGAAGGGGGACCCACAGGAGCCCCCCAGCCAGCCACACAGACCCCAGGAUGAGGACAGCAGUGAGUCCCUCCCAGGGCCUCCAGAAGAGAUCCCCCAAAGCAGCGCACACAGUGGGGGUCCCUCCCCCAGCACGAAGGCAUCAGGAGCAUCCAGGGCUAAGGGCCGCCCCAAGAAGCAGCAGCUCCUGGCCUCGGCAGCCCUCAGGGACUCGCAGGACAUCACCCGCUUCCUGGCCCCACCCGCACCUGCUGGCACCCCUGGGGAGAAGGGGCUGGGUGCUCCGGGACACACAGCUACCCCCUCUCGGGCUGAGGAAUGCACCAGGGAUGGGCUGAGAGACCAGGGCCCCCCUGAAGGCCAGCCCAGCCCCACACAGGAGCCCCAGAGGGCCAAGCGGCCCAGACCCAAGCAGGAGAGCCCUGGCAGCGGAACCCAGAAGAGGCAGUGCACCCCUGCCAAGAGCCCCGGGGCUGAGGGUUGUGUCGGCACCUCGAAACCCAGAGCCCCGGGGGACAGUGAGCCCUCAGCUCCCAGCGUGUCCCUGAAGGAGGCCGCCGGCGUCGUGGUCCGAUGCUUGACCCCCUUCUACAAGGAGGGCAAGUUUGCAUCCAAGGAGCUGUUCAAAGGCUUUGCCCGGUGUCUGUCACAUUCGCUGGCCCAGCAGCCCUCUCUGGGGAGGAGCAUGAAGCAGCAGGCCCAGCACCUCAUCGAGCAGUUCUUCCACGGCCGGGCGCGGUGCGAGAGCGAAGCCGAGUGGCAUGACCUGUGGGGCCCCCGGAGGUGACCCAUGCCCUGAGGACCUUCCCUGGAUCCCCCCAGCAAGGCGUAUCCCGGCGGGAAGACCCACCAGCCGCUGACUCUCAGGAACCCCCCCUCCCCGCUAUACGGCCCUCAAGGCCAGAGGGCGGCCACAGGCCAGCUGCCCCACAGCCAGGAGGCUUACUCAGGAAGUGCCCUUGAG